UUAAACACUUAAUAUAUUCAAAUGCUUUUCCGUGGAAAACAAAAUUGUGAUUUUUCAGUAUUUAAGGCUUAUAAGUAGAAAAAGCCAAGCUGUAUAAAAAGGCAUCAAUUUUUAAACUCUAAAUAGGUCCUAGCUGUGAAUGACACUAUAAUUUUCUUAUAUCUGAUGAACCCAUUCAUCUGUCUCCAAAAGACAGGAUAACUGACACCAGACUGAAUACCUGAGCAAGCAUAACUAUUCAGUAAUUCAAUCUUAUAACUGGGUGGAUAGAGGCCAUGUUGUAGAUCUUCACAACAGGGAACAACAGGCCUUAAGAUGACUUUCCUCUACAAACAUUACAAUAGGUGAUUUCAAGAAGAUUCUACUGUGAUUCCAUAGAAAAUCUAAUAAGCUUUUAUUUUGUUUUUGUUUUGUUUUGUUUUUGAGGAGUCUCGCUUUUUCACCCAGGCUGGAGUGCAGUGGUGCGAUCUUGGCUCACUUCAACCUCCACAUCCCGGGUUCAAACGAUUCUCCUGCCUCAGCCUCCCGAGUAGCUGGGAUUAUAAGUGCCCGCCACCGCAUUGGCUAAUUUUUGUAUUUUUAGUAGAGACAGGGUUUCACCAUGUUGGCCAGGCUGGUCUCGAACUCUUGACCUCAAGUGAUCCACCCGCCUCAGCCUCCCGACGUGCUGGGAUUACAGGCAUGAGCCACUGUGCCCAGCCAGUUUAUUUAUUUUCUAAGCAAUGGGCGCGCUAUCCAAACUACAGAGACAGUUAAAAUCUUGUAUUGUUGUUGCUGGUCUACUUCUGAGUAUCUCACAUUUUCACUGGUAAGUAACUGUCUGGUAAAAUAUUUAUUAAGCACUUAGUUCUCAAACUUGUGACACAGAACACAGGAUGUUAUUAUACAAUAGUUUAACCUCUAAUUUACAUAAGCAAAAAUUUUAAAUAAACAGAUUUGUUUUUCACUGCAAUUUAGACAAAAGUUCACAGACGCAUAUGUGAGAAAUGUGAGAAGCUCCAUCAUUCCUGAGAAUUACUGAAUGAUUAGUUAUUCAUUUCAAAUAAAUUAUUCAUGUAUGGUAUAUAUCGUCAGUUCUAGCUACAGAGCAAAUUAAUCAAAAGAAAUUACUCUAAUUCUUCUCUUUACCAUAUAAGUCUCAUUGAUACAAUAGUCUUAUUUUAUAGUUGUGCAAGCAAUGGAGCACUUAAAGAAACACAUUAUGUUACCAUUAUUAUGUAAUAUUUGAAAUAAAAGUGCCUAAGCCAAAAUCCUAGGGCCUUAGAAAGUAACAAUAAGCAAAGAUGUGACACUAUAUCAAUGUACACAAAUACUAGUUUUUCACAUAAAGAAGAAAAGUAUAUUCAAAAUUCCAAGGUACAAAUGGUAACUAUCCAAAUUCAUGGUCGCCAAGGACAUCGGUAAAGCCUGGAGUAGCUUUCAGAUGUGAGGAGCUUCCUUAAAGCUCCGGAAUAAGCAGGAUUCAGGAAUAGGAAGGAUAAAUGCAGAGAGCUUAGAAGAUGACCAAUAAGAGCAGAUCUUAGUCCUGCCUGAACAUUCUGUGAAAGCUUGAGGAACACACCAGUGCCAGCCCUCAAUCUCCUCAACUGACUUGGGGAUUAGACUACAGGCUAUCGAUAAAGUUUCCAUCCAUUCUUAAAAUCCUAUGACUCCAAAAUUUCUAUCACAUGCAAAAGUAUAAAGGCAGGAAGGAAUCGUACACAGAACAGUAGAGACGCCACCAAUCCCAAUCUUAAUCUGGGAUGUAAGUAGAGAUGGUAGAGAGAAACUAGGUUAUGGAAGCUUUGAGAGCAAAGUUGGUUUAAACUUAUUGGAUAGGGCCUAGGUUUUGUUUUUAAAUGUGCAUGUGAGUGAGAGAGAGAGAGAGAGAGAGAGAGAGUGUGUGUGUGUGUGUGUGUACGGUGUGCGUGUGCGUGGUUGUAUGCAUAAAACAGCAAAAUAUAUGAAAAGCCUAAACUGAUAUUCUUAGUAUUUUGGUAAAAAGUUAAAAAUGAAUAGUUUAUUUCAGCUUUAUUACAUAAAAAUUGUUUAGAACAUAGUUCCUGCCCACACAGUAAGCCCUUAGUAAGGACUGGCAGAUAUAAUAAUAAUCAUUAUCAUUUCUAUCAUCAUCUUACUAUUAUUACUGAGGCAGUGUUUUGGAGUGGUUUUGAAUGUGAUUCUGAGAUCAGACUGACUGAGCUGGAACCCUGGCUUUAUAUCUUACCAGCUACACAACCUUGGACUCUUGCGACCAGGCUGGAGAUUUUCCAUCAACUCCUUACUUCCCCUGUCAGCCUGGGUUCUCCCAGCCUUAGGAGCCACAUGAAUCUAUGGAAAACAAAAAACUAAAACAAGAAAAAAACCAGAAGACCUCAUUGAAAGCUCUUCAUGCUCAACCACAACCCUAGUUUCCUCUCUCUACUUCUCAGAAUCUCAGUUCACUUAUCUCCUCUGCAAACUAACUUCCAACCCAACUGGUAACAAGAACUACCAGAAUGGAAAAACCUGAGGUUGAAAAUAUCCCUACCAAAAGCAAACCUGCAUGGGAUUUCCUGAAAGUCACAAAAUCAGACAAUGGAAAACCCAGGCAUCUUCACAAUCUAGUAUGUUCUCACCAGGCCACAUGGUCUGAGUCUUAGAAAUUUUUUCUUUUCAAUAAGCAGUCAUCCUUACUUUCCCUCAAGAUGACAAACAGUUCGUUCUUCUGCCCAGUUUAUAAGGAUCUGGAGCCAUUCACGUAUUUUUUUUAUUUAGUUUUCCUUGUUGGAAUUAUUGGAAGUUGUUUUGCAACCUGGGCUUUUAUACAGAAGAAUACGAAUCACAGGUGUGUGAGCAUCUACUUAAUUAAUUUGCUUACAGCCGAUUUCCUGCUUACUCUGGCAUUACCAGUGAAAAUUGUUGUUGACUUGGGUGUGGCACCUUGGAAGCUAAAGAUAUUCCACUGCCAAGUAACAGCCUGCCUCAUCUAUAUCAAUAUGUAUUUAUCAAUUAUCUUCUUAGCAUUUGUCAGCAUUGACCGCUGUCUUCAGCUGACACACAGCUGCAAGAUCUACCGAAUACAAGAACCUGGAUUUGCCAAAAUGAUAUCAACCGUUGUGUGGCUAAUGGUCCUUCUUAUAAUGGUGCCAAAUAUGAUGAUUCCCAUCAAAGACAUCAAGGAAAAGUCAAAUGUGGGUUGUAUGGAGUUUAAAAAGGAAUUUGGAAGAAAUUGGCAUUUGCUGACAAAUUUCAUAUGUGUAGCAAUAUUUUUAAAUUUCUCAGCCAUCAUUUUAAUAUCCAAUUGCCUUGUAAUUCGACAGCUCUACAGAAACAAAGAUAAUGAAAAUUACCCAAAUGUGAAAAAGGCUCUCAUCAACAUACUUUUAGUGACCACGGGCUACAUCAUAUGCUUUGUUCCUUACCACAUUGUCCGAAUCCCGUAUACCCUCAGCCAGACAGAAGUCAUAACUGAUUGCUCAACCAGGAUUUCACUCUUCAAAGCCAAAGAGGCUACACUGCUCCUGGCUGUGUCGAACCUGUGCUUUGAUCCUAUCCUGUACUAUCACCUCUCAAAAGCAUUCCGCUCAAAGGUCACUGAGACUUUUGCCUCACCUAAAGAGACCAAGGCUCAGAAAGAAAAAUUAAGAUGUGAAAAUACUGCAUAAAAGACAGGAUUUUUUGUGCUACCAAUUCUGGCCUUACUGGACCAUAAAGUUAAUUAUAGCUUUGAAAGAGAAAAAAAAAAACUCAGUACAAAAAAAUACAGUUAGCUAGCAAAUAUGGACAGGUUUACUUAGAAAUCCUGUUUCUCAAUGCAAGUCAAGCUUUAUUGUUAGGCUUGCUGCUACUCAUUCACCCAAAUAUUUGUACAAAAAACUAAAGAGUCUCAUUGAAUGAAUGUAAAAUCCUGCAAUAUCCUUGAAAUCCAAAAGAGGUCCAUGACAUAGACCCAAAGGUAUUCAUGAGUUAUUCAUCUAAAUGCCUGGAACUGACUUCUUGAUAAAAAUAUAAAAAAUAAUUUCCAUGUAAGUUACCAGAAAGCCCACCAGCAACAUAAUUUUAAAGCCUUUCAGAUUACUUUUAAAAAAUGCAGCUUACAUAAAACAACUUGUGCCUAUUUUAUUUCUAAUCCAUCACUUCAAAAGAUGGUAAUCUUUCAACUCAUUACUCCUCCAAUUUUUAAUGUCGAAUUUUUUUCUAACACAAUAACCAAAAGCUUUUAUUUAUAAAAAGGCUUGAAAAAUAUAGACAAUCUUUAAUGCAUUAUUUGUACUUAUAUUCUAUCUGUAGGUUAUAAUAAAGGCUUCCUGAUGUUAGUAAUAAUACAUUUAGUGACUUCUCAUUUCUAUUUUGAAGUAACAUGAAACACAGACACCCUGUAACAUUUCAGAGGGAGUUGUUAAGUUAUACUGACUACUGAAACUAGUGUUUUGGAACUAGAAAAUCACAUCGAUAGCACAUCAAUGGUAAAACAGCACCAGUCAGAUGG